UUGACCGGAGUGAGAGCGGUUAUAGGACUGAAGCAGAGGUUGGAGGGAGGCUUGACAGCAUCUUCAAUAAAGGGACCAAGUCACUGCUGCAGCCUAGACACCGAGAAGCCCAAUUCAAUUGAAACGCUGCUCUUUUUGGCGCGAGGUUAUCUUCUGCAUUUCUUAAAGUGGUCUACAGUACAGUGUGGUGAGUUCCCUGCUCAUUCCUAGCAAUGCCGUCUCCUUGCUCUCUCCUGUGCCGACUGGCCACGCUUCUCUGUGUGUGGACACUAUGCCAGGCCCAGUUGGACACCAAACCACCCCCUGGCACCCCCAUCAUCCAGCUGCGUCUGGCAGGGGACAAACACAAGCACUACGAGGGCCGGGUUGAAGUCUACUAUAAUGGAGAGUGGGGCACGGUGUGCGACGAUGACUUCUCCAUCCAUGCGGCCAAUGUCGUGUGCAGGGAGCUGGGCUACGUUGAGGCUGUGUCUUGGUCUCCUUCCUCCAAGUACGGCAAGGGAGAAGGUCGGAUCUGGUUGGACAACGUCCACUGUUCGGGACAAGAGAGAACCCUGGCCCAGUGUGAGUCCAAUGGCUUCGGAGUGUCUGACUGCAAACACUCUGAGGACGUGGGAGUGGUGUGUAGCCAGAGACGAAUCCCCGGCUUCAAAUUCAUCAGCACCCUCACCAACAAUGUGGAAAGUCUGAAUGUCCAGGUGGAAGAGGUGCGUAUCCGGGCCAUCUCGUCCCAGCGUAAAAGGGUCCCUCUGACGGAGGGCUACCUGGAGGUGAAGGACGGGGGGAAGUGGAGACAGAUCUGUGACUUGGAGUGGACUGAGAUGAACAGCCGGGUCAUCUGUGGGAUGUACGGUUUCCCUGGAGAGAAAGGAUACAACACUAAAGUCUACAAGCUGCUGGCUAAGCGCAGGAAGAAGAACUACUGGGGCUUCGGGGUGAACUGCACGGGGAACGAGGCUAGCCUGCACGGCUGUAAGCUGGGCCACAAGGUGGAGCUGAGGAAUAAUGCCACCUGUGAGAAGGGCUUGCCCGUGGUGGUCAGCUGUGUCCCAGGACGGGCCUUUGCGCCCAGCCACGCCCAGGGCUUCAGCGAGGCCUACAGGGUGGAGCAACCCCUGGUGCGUUUGAGAGGCGGGGCCAACAUAGGGGAGGGGCGAGUGGAAGUGCUGAAAAAUGGUGAAUGGGGCACCGUCUGCGAUGACAGCUGGAACCUGAAGGCAGCCACCGUGGUGUGUCGAGAACUGGGCUUCGGUAGUGCCAAGGAGGCCCUCGCUGGAGGCAAGCUGGGACAAGGAAUGGGCCUGGUCCAUAUGAACGAGGUGAAGUGCUCUGGCUUUGAGAAAUCCCUGACAGAGUGCUACUUCAACAGAGAUGCCCUGGGCUGCAGUCACGAGGAGGAUGCUGCAGUUAGAUGUAAUGUUCCUGCCAUGGGCUUCCAGAACAGACUGCGUCUGAGCGGUGGGCGGAACCCAUUUGAGGGGCGCGUGGAGGUGCUGGCGGAGAAGAACGGCUCGUUGGUGUGGGGCACGGUGUGCAGUGACAGCUGGGGCACCAUAGAGGCUACAGUCGUGUGCAGACAGCUGGGUCUCGGUUUUGCCAACAAUGCCUUCCAGGAGACGUGGUACUGGUCAGGAGAUGUGAGUGCUGAUGACGUGGUGAUGAGCGGGGUCAGGUGCUCGGGGACGGAGAUGACUCUGGCCCAGUGCCUCCAUCAUGGAAAACACCUCAACUGCCCCCGAGGGGGAGGACGCUUCGCUGCUGGAGUCUCCUGCUCUGAGACGGCCCCAGACUUGGUUCUAAACGCUCAAGUGGUGGAACACACCACAUACCUGGAGGACCGGCCAAUGUACAUACUGCAGUGUGCCAACGAGGAGCACUGUCUGUCCAGCAGCGCCGCCACCGCCACAACCUCCUCCUACCGCCGCCUGCUGCGCUUCUCUUCCCAGAUACACAACAAUGGACUGACAGACUUCCGCCCAAGGGCCGCACACCACUCCUGGGUCUGGCACGAGUGCCACAGGCACUACCACAGCAUGGAGGUGUUCACCCACUAUGACCUACUGAGCCUCAACGGCACCAAGGUGGCAGAGGGACACAAGGCCAGCUUCUGUUUGGAGGACACCCAAUGUGAAGAGGGUAUUGAGAAGAGGUACGAGUGUGCUAACUUCGGGCAGCAGGGCAUCACUGUUGGCUGCUGGGAUACGUACAGACACGACAUCGACUGUCAGUGGAUAGACGUGACAGACGUUGUGCCAGGAGACUACAUCUUCCAGGUUGUGAUCAACCCAAACUAUGAGGUAGCAGAGUCCGACUACACCAACAACAUUAUGAAGUGCAGGUGUCGAUAUGACGGCCACAGGAUAUGGAUGUACAACUGUCAUAUAGGUGGCUCAAUGAGUUCUGAGUCAGAGGAUUCCUCUUUCCCUGGCCUCAUGAAUAACCAGCUGGGACACAGGUAGUGUGGACGGACUCAAUGGAAAGACCGGGAGGAACAUUUUAUUUUGCGAAACUGAUGAGAAUGUCCAGCAAGACUGUUGUGAAAUUACCAACCACUAGAGAGAGAGCUGUACCGGCUUUUCCCUCCCUAUUGGUGAUGGAUGAAAAUUGAAAAGCAUAGCUUACCUCAGUGUCAACGUUUUAUAUAAGGAAGUUGCAGACGAAAAAACCCUGUUUUAAAGAUCCAGCUUGAAGAAGCAACUCUGUCUUUACUGAUCUCACACAUUUCUGUCACAUGUACAGUGGAGUGAUGGUGCUAUCAAAUCAGAGCUAUAUAUUUACAUGUAUCCAACCUUUCUGGUCCAUCGUAAGGAAGAAAUAAAUAUUUUUCAACACCUGCUGCACUUUGA